AUGAGUGCAGGUGGAGCUUUUGGUGGAAACAGGGGAGUGAGGCCUGUACCUCCUGAAAAGGGUGUAUUCCCUCUUGAUCACCUGCAUGAGUGUGACCUGGAGAAGAAGGACUAUCUUGCCUGCCUGAAAUCAACAGGGGCUCAGUCUGAAAAAUGUCGGAUGUUCUCGAAGAAAUACUUGGAAUGUAGGAUGGAGAGGAUUCUAAUUCAUGUUGUUCUUGUACAAUCCAGAAACCUGAUGGCGAAGCAAGAUAUGUCAGAGCUUGGGUUCAGUGACAAAGACGUUUUGGUCACACCUUCAGAGGAGAACCACAAACUGCAGAGUCCAGCAAGUGAUUCGAAAGAGAGUAAAUAG